AUGUUUGGUGCGCUGUGGUAUGUGAAGCGCGCUGUUUAUUUGGUGGUUUCGCCGGUGCUGAUGUGGCUGGCUUGGUCACUGAAGCUAGUGUACUGUGCUGUUUGGGCGCUGUGCGGUCCCAUUGUAUGGUUCACGUCGAUGUUUGUUGUUACACCUGUUCGAAUUGCCGUGUGGAACUGGCUUCAGCUGGUUACACUGCCUCUGAAUAUAUUCUUGAGAGUUACGCUAGGUACUACUUGGUUUGAAUUGCUUCGGAAUAUGGAUACCUGGCUGAACAAGUUUGUGAUUGUGACGUUAUUGCAGUAUAUUGUAUCUGUAUUGAUCCUUGGUGCCACCAUUGGGGUGGUAUAUGGUCUGAUGCUAGCAAUGACACAUCAUUUCUUCAAGAUACCGAGUGUUUACAUUGAGAUUCCCCUAAAGUUCUGGAGGAUACCUUCCGUGAUAAUCAGAACUAUCCGUUAUUACUUGAACAUUGCAAUUCAGAAAAUAAAGGUAGGUAUGAGAGCAACGCAUCAGGACUCGUUUCCAACACCGCCACCAACACCGAAAUUCUCCCCAUACGAUAAAGCUAUCUUUCUGAGAGAUUUCUACCCUGGUGACACGGGAAGCAGACCUGCAUCUAUGACAUUCGGUAACAGUAGCACACUGGCAUCACCGAAAGCUGGGAAACGGUUCAAAUCCGCUUCUGAAAUAGGUUUACCUGAUCGGGUUGUACAUAAAUCCGAUACUUCACAAGAUACUGUUGCACAUGAAUCAACCUCGCAGUCCAUACGUGACUCUACAGAUAAUGUUUGGGAUGAGUUCGAUUCUAUACCUUCUCUGUUAGAUGACACAGACAGAUUAACUACAGUCACUAACAGAAAACAGAAACAGAAAGAAGAUGUUAUACAGAUACACAGAAUGUGA